AUGGCUUUUUCUGACUCGAGAUCUUCAAAUGGUUUACCAACGGGCCUUAGUUACGCAGAUGUCAGUAUUGGCCUGAGACAUCUUGAAAACUCCAAUCUUUUGCCAGUGUAUGGAAAACCAAGCUCGAAAGAGAUGGAAGAAACAUCAAGAUUUUCACAAUUUUGUGAAAUUAUCAAUACUAGUUAUUUCUGCUCCAAUGACUUAAGCCUUGCAGGAAAUAUCCGAGACAGUCAAAACUCAAAGCACCGCAAAGCUAGCUUGGUUGGAAGCCAUAUAGAAAGAUAUUCUGAUCGCUAUAAACGCAGAAAUAAUAAAAAUGAAAGAUCGUACAAGUUUCAUUCAUCGUCGUUUUUGCCUGAAGAGCUUAAGACAGUUACGGUUGGACGAAGAUACAACCAGGACUCUGCAAAAGAGUUUGCACUCAUUUCUAACCCUCGUUCUCUUCAAUCAAGUGCCCUUGCCUUCUCUGCGGAGGAGAAGCAAAAGCGGAUAGCAGAAAAAAUCAAUAAUGUGGAUGAAAUUGACGAAGAUAUAGUUGAAGGGGAGGAGGAGGAAGAGGAAGAAGACGACGAGUUCGAGGAAGAAGAUGAUGAUGAUUACAAUGCAGAGAAAUAUUUCGAUGAUGGCGAAGUUGACUACUUAGAUGACGAUGGAGACGACGAGAUUGCAUUUUAG